AUUAUUGCCAAUUUUGUCGUCAGGGAGAUUGAAAGCGAACAUAAGCAGCUCGGACUGUGGACGGAUAAAUUAAUCAAAUUUGGAUUUUCAUAAUGCAGUGAAGUAAACGAAGAAGGACUUGUACUCUGUGAUAACGCAGCAUAAACUACUCAAGAGAAAAUGGCUGAUUCAGGAGAAGCUCCCAAUGAUGAACCCCUGACCAAUGGGAUUCAAGAAGAUCAGGCCCCUCAGACUCCCAUUCAAAAUGGUCUGCCAAAUGGGAACAAAUCAGAGUCACCACCUGCCAUCAAACUACCCGAGGAGACUGAACCAAGAAGUGCAUUGACCUCUGGAGCUGGUCGAAUGACUGCGACACCAGGCUCAGGUUCACGCCAUACUACCAGUGGGGAUCUGAUGAUGAAUGGAGAACUAGCCUUGGAAAAUGGCAGCUCACCUUCAAUAGGACAUGAAGAAUCACCCGUCCCUAUUCAUAUUGAUUAUACUGAAUUUGUAAAACAGAGAGUGAUCCUCGCAGCCAGCGAGCCUGAGAUGUGGACAGACGCCCACCAUGCAACCAUUGAUGCAUUCUUUGAUCCCGGAUCCAACGACCGACUCCUCACCGUAUUCGUCGAUCCUCAGAUGGGACUCGUCGUCAGCAACAACAUCCCUCCCCAGGGAGUGGAGGAGCUCAACUAUUUCAUCCGGCGACCGGGUGUCAAGUUGACGGCAGCCAACGUGGAGAAGGCGAUUCAGUAUGGCACAGUCAGGAGCGGCCAUGUUGAAAGUUUACUGAGGAUUAUGCAUAGCAUUUUUGCUCCACUGUUCUUUGAUAACACCACCUGGCCAGACAGCAUUAAGAAUGAUUUCUCAGCACAGCUUCACAGGUUUAUGGCCAGUCUGACAGACACACAUUAUAAGAUCCAGGGUCAUACUGUUCUCUAUAUCCCUAAGGAAGGUAUGAAUAUUCCACCAGAGAAGGCUGCAAAGGACAAAGAGCUCGUACAGAGAUUAGAAACUGCCAUGGUACACUGGACCAGACAGAUCAAGGAGGUCCUAGCCUCUCAGGAUGCCAUUGAAACCUCAGAGAAUGCUGGUCCUUUGGAAGAGAUCCAGUUCUGGAGGAGCCGGUGCCAGGACCUGUCCGGGAUCAGUGAACAGCUUCAGAAAGAUGGGGUCCUGCGGGUACAGGCCAUCCUGGAACAGGCCAAGUCAUCCUAUGUCUCGCCCUUCAAGAAACUCUCCAAACUAAUCCAGGACGGAUCUGCUCAAGCACAGAGCAACCUCAAGUUUCUUUCUACCCUUUCUGAGAAGUGUGAGGAACUGAACAAGGCCAAGCCAGCAGAGAUCCCCAACAUUCUACCUGGUAUCAUCAACAGGGUUAGGAUGAUAUGGGUUAACUCAGACCAUUACAAGAGCAGGGAGAGAUUGACAGGUCUCUUUAGGAAGAUUAGUAAUGAAAUCAUCAAGCGUUGCUGUAAAGACAUCUCCUUGGAUCGUCUCUUUGAUGGCUAUGUGAAAUCAUCUAUAAACAGCCUUAAUGAGUGUAUCGAUUGCUGCAAGCAAUGGAAAGAACAGUAUUCAUGGAUCCGUCAGAUGCACCAUCGGUUUUCUCAAGAAGGCUGGGUUCUUGAUCAGAGCAGUAUCUUUGCCCAAGUCGAUGCCUUUGUUCAGAGAUGCAAAGACCUAUUAGAGGUGUGCGAGUGCCAGAUUCAUUUUGCUCGGAUGAAUGACGGGGACAAGAUACCCAUGCCGACCUUUGCGGGUCAAAGGGGGCCGGAGGUCACGCGAGGCUUGCUUGAGAUUGAGGCUGCAUUUGCAAAGAAUCUCCUGAUACUGAGGAAUGUCAAGAAAACCAUCUUGGAUGUAAAGGCAACAUCAUGGCAUGAUGAUUACAACAAGUUUCGUGCAGGAAUCAAAGACUUGGAGGUGAUGAUGCAGAAUGUCAUUACCACAGCUUUUGAGACCACUAAGACGGUAGAACAGGGCGUUGAGCUCCUAGAUGCCUUCCAGCAUCUAUCAUCAAGAGAGGCUAUCCGUCGAACCAUUGACAAGAAAACGGUGGAGGUAUACCAGCUCUUCAAUGAAGAACUCAAUGCCGUCAAGAAAGAAUUCACCAAGAAGGUUCCAGACCUGGGCUUCCUCAAGCCUCGCUAUGCUGGCCAGGCUCAUUGGGCGAGGUCUUUGAAAAGGAGGAUAGAUAGAUCUAUGGAGGUGCUUAAUAAAGCCUAUUUCUUGCCAAACAUUGGGAGCGGUGCCGAGACCCGAACCCAGUACAGCCAGCUCAGUACCGCCCUGGAUGAAUUCAUCAGGAAGACGUUCAACGAAUGGGCUGCUACUGUUGACAAAGAAUCCAUCAAACUCCUGGACAGCCCCCUGCUGUGCCGUAGCAACGAGAAGAUGGGCAUGCUUGAUGUUAACUUUGACAGAAAUCUGCUGAAGAUGUUUAAUGAGAUCCAGUAUUGGGAGAAGCUGAUGUUUGAGAUUCCUCAUUACGUCACCGAGGUUUACCAGAAGAGAGAAGAUCUUAGAAACCUGAGAGAGAACGUCUUACUGGUCGUCAGAGACUACAACAGAAUAAUAGCAGCCUUGUCCUUGGAGGAGAGAGGGUUGUUUAAAGAACGGAUCCGUCACCUUGAUAAGAAGAUCCAUCCAGGCUUGACCAAGCUCACCUGGGCUUCCAAGGGAAUCUCAGACUUCUUUGUAGCAGAGUGUCGAUUGCAUGCUGGAAAGGUUCAAGCAAUCGUUGAUGAUUACAAGAUUGCUAACCUGACCAUCUCUCGAAACUGCAAACGGAUCAGCGAGACGUUGCUGGUGAAGAUCGACGGGAAGCGGAUCUACGAGGACAUGGAGUUUGAGGAGGAGCAGAAGCUUCAUCGUACCAACGCCACCAAACGACUUCAGAUGAUCCAUGAGGAGAUUGUCAAUACCAUGAGACAGACGUAUGAGGUGUUCAGGGCUGAUGGCCAAGAAGUUCAAGGCUACUGGCAUCGCUACACAGAGAAGAUGGACAGGAUGGUGGAAGAAGCCUUCCGUCUCAACGUCAAGUGGUCCCUCCAGGAGCUCUCUAGGGCCAUCAAUGGGGACGGGAAGAGCACCCCUAACCCUCUCUUCAGGGUCAAAGUGGUCCUUGACAGGACAAAGGUGGAGUUCUCUCCUACAUUGAAGAACCUUGCACUCAUUGUCAUGAACACCAGUAGUAAACUAACGGCUUCUGUCUCUGUCAUUCAGCGACUGCCGGAUCUCUUGACCAGGAAGAGAUCACAGAAAGAGCCUAUCUAUGUCGUGAUUGAGAAUGAUGAAGAAACCAAGAAGAUACAGAAGAGCAUCAAUGCUGGAAUGCAAGCCAAUGCUCAACAUCUCAUGACAUACCUAGGUACAUGGGACAGCUACCGUGAGAUCUGGGAAGUCAACAAGGAUGCAUUCAUCAGGCGAUAUCAGAAGUGUGAGCCCCCAGUCUCGUCCUUUGAUGCUGACAUUGGAAGAUACACUGAAGUAGCCAACAAUGUCCAGAAAGAGGAGACUGUUCUCAACAUCCAGUUUGUCAUGUUAGACUGUUCACCACUCAAGUUUGCACUACUCAGCCACUGUAAUGAAUGGCAAAAUAAGUUCACCACUCUCCUUGCUGAGAUGGCCAGCCAGAAGCUCUCCGAUCUUCACAAGUUCCUCCAGGAAAAUCAAGAAAAACUGAGCAAGCCACCACAGACACUUGAUGAGUUGGGUGACAGCUUGGAACUGCUUGAACAACUGCAAAAAGAUCAGUCCAACAUUGAAGCACGCUUCCCACCACUCUACGAUCAGUUUUCAAUCCUGGAGAAAUAUGACGUCCCUAUACCAGAUAAUGUUCGAGCAACGUUGGAUGACCUAGGGAAUGAAUGGGUAGCCUUCCAGCAAUGCUUGAUUGACAGUGAUGUCAUGCUCAAGAAACACAAAGAGAAGUUCAAGACAGGUCUCAUCCACUCUGCUGAAGAAUUCAAGAAAACAUCUCAUCAGCUCCUGGAAGAUUUCCAAACUAAUGGUCCAUUCAGCAGUCAGAUGACGUGUGAUGAUGCGCUGGCGUCCAUUGCUGCGACCAGGGAGAAGGUCACUGACCUCAAAGCCCAGGAGGCCACCAUCAGACGAGGUCUGAACAUCUUCAAGAUUGACCAACCUCCUUCCAAAGAAAUACAACAGAUGGAUAAGGACCUGGAAUAUAUUGAGAAUGUUUGGCAACUGACCAAGGAAUGGGAGGAGCUGUGGAGCAAAUGGAAGGUUGGCAAGUUUGCAUCCCUGGUUACCACGGAGAUGGAGAUGACCGCCGGUCAACUCUACAAGAAACUCAAUAAACUCAGCCGAGAGCUCAAGGAUAAGAGCUGGGAGAUUGUUGACUUCUCUAAGAACCGUGUUGAUCAGUUCCGUCGUACGAUGCCUCUCGUUACCGACCUUCACAACCAUGCUAUGAGAGAACGUCAUUGGCAGCAAUUGCAAGACGAACUCCAGAAGACGUUUGACCACACGGCCGAUGAGUUCACCCUCGAGAAGAUCAUAGAGCUAGGGUUCGAUGCCCAUGCGGAGAAGGUGGCCGAGAUAUCAGGAGCAGCCAGUAAAGAGUUGGCCAUCGAGCAAUCCCUGGCUGGUAUCAGAGAUGUCUGGGAGGAGACAGUCCUUGAUGUGUCACCUUACAAAGACAGAGGCCAUUACAGACUCAAAGCUACGGAUGAAGUCUUCCAGGUGCUUGAAGAUAACCAGGUUACCCUCUCAACGAUGAAAGCCUCCCGCUUCGUCAAGGCCUUUGAGAAGGAGGUAGACUACUGGGAGAGGACACUGUCUCACAUCCUGGAAGUCAUUGAGAUGACCUUGACGGUCCAGAGACAGUGGAUGUACCUAGAGAACAUCUUCCUCGGUGAAGAUAUCCGUAAACAGCUCCCCCGUGAGUCGGCAGAGUUUGACAGCGUCAACGCAAACUGGAAAAUCAUCAUGGUCAGAUUACACAAGGAUAACAAUGCUCUACGUGGCACUCAUCAUGAAGGUCUGCUUGAAACUUUGAAUGAGAUGAACAACAAGCUUGAGGAGAUCCAGAAAUCCUUGGACAUGUACCUGGAGACCAAGAGACAGAUCUUCCCUCGGUUCUACUUCCUCUCCAACGAUGACCUUCUGGAGAUCCUUGGCCAGUCCAAGAAUCCUGAAGCAGUACAGCCUCAUCUGAAGAAGUGUUUUGAUAACAUCAAGACUCUUAAGAUGCAUAAGAUGGGAAUCACCCAGAAGUUUGAGGCUCAAGGAAUGUGUUCAGCGGAUGGAGAGUAUGUAGAGUUUGGUCACCCUGUUCUCCUUGAAGGCCCUGUUGAGGCCUGGCUGUGUGACAUUGAGAGAACAAUGAGAUGGACUCUGAAAGAUAUCUUGAAGCAGUGUAAGAUUGCUCUGAAGAAGAGUCUUAGCAAGAGAGAUAAGUGGGCCAAGGAAUGGCCUGGACAGAUGCUGAUUACAUCAAGUCAGAUGCAAUGGACGGCCGAUGUCACCAAAGCUCUGGCGACCACCAAGGAAAGAGGAGAUAAGAAGGCUCUCAAGAGCAUGAAGAAAAAACAGAUUUCCAUGCUGAACAAGUUCUCCGAGAUGAUCCGAGGCAACCUGCCCAAGAUGCUGCGUGCCAAGGUGGUAGCCCUGGUCACCAUCGAAGUCCACGCCAGGGAUGUGAUUGAGAAACUGAUCAAGGCCAGUGUAAACGAUGUCACAGCCUUUGAAUGGCUGAUGCAGCUUCGCGUCUACUGGGAUAAGGAGAUUGAUGACUGUGUGGUUAGGCAGACCAACACGCAGUUCCAGUAUGGUUAUGAGUAUCUGGGUAACUCAGGACGUCUGGUCAUCACUCCGUUGACUGACAGGUGCUACAUGACCCUAACCACAGCUCUUCAUCUUCACCGUGGUGGUAGCCCUAAAGGACCGGCCGGUACGGGUAAGACCGAGACCACCAAGGAUCUUGGUAAGGCUUUGGGCAACUAUGUCAUCGUUGUCAAUUGCUCUGAAGGUCUGGAUUUCAAGUCUAUGGGAAGGAUGUUCUCCGGUCUAGCUCAGACUGGUGCCUGGGGAUGCUUUGAUGAGUUCAAUCGUAUCAACAUUGAGGUAUUGUCUGUAGUGGCCCAACAGAUCCUCUCGAUCCUAUCAGCCCUAGCUGCCGGGUCAUCUCGCUUUGUCUUUGAGGGACGAGAGAUCAACCUUGUCUGGUCGUGUGGUAUCUUUAUCACCAUGAAUCCUGGAUACGCUGGUCGUACUGAGUUACCUGACAAUCUGAAGUCUAUGUUCAGACCUAUCUCUAUGGUUGUUCCUGACUCUGCUUACAUCGCUGAAAUCAUCCUCUUUGGAGAAGGAUUCGGCAAUACAAGGGUACUAGCCAAGAAAGUCCACACCCUCUACUCCCUGGCCGUACAGCAGCUGUCCAAGCAGGAUCAUUAUGACUUUGGUCUCCGUGCCCUCACCUCCGUGCUCCGCUACGCCGGGAGGAAGAAGAGAGGAUUCCCUAACGUUCCUGAUGAAGAGGUGCUGCUGUUGGCCAUGAAAGACAUGAACGUUCCGAAGAUGACCUGCACAGAUCUUCCCCUCUUCAAUGGCAUUGUCUCGGAUCUCUUCCCUGGCAUCGAUGCUCCAGUCAUUGAUUAUGGCAAGAUGAAAUCGGUGAUUGAGUCUGAGCUUGUCAAGGCCGGUUUACAGCCAAUCCAGUCAUCUAUCCUCAAAGUCAUACAGCUCUUUGAGACCAAGAACUCUCGCCACUCUGUCAUGAUCGUCGGUAAGACCAACAGUGGCAAGACGGUGUCCUGGCGCAUCCUACAGUCCACACUAUCCAGACUGAAGAAAGAAGGUGAUGACAGCUACAAUCUUGUCAAGGAGUUUCCAAUCAAUCCUAAAGCUCUGUCUUUAGGAGAGUUGUAUGGAGAGUUUGAUCUGAACACUAAUGAGUGGACUGAUGGUGUCCUGUCUUCAGUAAUGAGACAGACGUGUGCUGAUGAGAAACCUGAUGAGAAAUGGCUUCUCUUUGAUGCACCUGUUGAUACCCUGUGGAUUGAGAGUAUGAACUCUGUUAUGGACGAUAACAAGGUCUUGACCCUCAUCAAUGGUGAACGUAUCGCUAUGCCUGAUCAGGUGACCUUACUGUUUGAGGUUGAAGAUCUGGCUGUAGCAUCUCCCGCUACUGUAAGUCGUUGUGGUAUGGUGUAUACUGACUACGCCGACCUGGGAUGGCAACCUUACGUCACCUCGUGGCUGUCCAAGAUCAAGGACAAGCAACAACAAGAUAUCAUCCAGCACCUGUUUGAUAAAUACCUGAUGAAGAUACAGGACUUCAAACGUCACAACUGCAAGGAGCUGGUGACCAUCUCCGAGCUCAACGGCGUUGCCUCGUUCUGUAACCUCUACUCUGCUCUUGCCACAGAAGAAAAUGGAGUCAAUCCAGCUGACAAGGACAACUAUGAGCGCAUGAUAGAACUCUGGUUCCUCUUCUGUCUUAUCUGGUCUGUCGGCUGCACCGUCGACGAGGACGGACGCAAGAAACUGGACAACUACAUCCGUGAGAUCGAAGGUACCUUCCCCAACAAGGACACCGUCUAUGAGUACUAUGUGGAUCCCAAAGGAAAGAGCUGGUCCCAUUGGGAAGAUAAACUAAGGAGUGGAUGGAGAUAUCCUAAUAAUUCACCUUUCUACAAGAUCAUGGUUCCCACUGUGGACACGGUCCGCUACAACUUCAUCAUCCAGGCCCUGGUCCAACGGGAGAACCCGGUGCUUCUUGUUGGUCCAGUUGGUACCGGCAAGACCUCGGUGGCCCAGAGUGUUUGCUCCAAGCUUGACCCUCAGACAUACAGUGUAUUGACCAUCAACAUGUCUGCCCAGACCACGUCCAACAACGUCCAAGACAUCAUCGAGAGCAGGGUUGAGAAGAGAACCAAGGGAGUGUAUGUGCCAAUCGGUGGUAAGAAGCUGGUGACCUUCCUGGAUGAUUUCAAUAUGCCUGCCAAGGACACCUUUGGUUCUCAGCCUCCUCUUGAACUCAUCAAACUCUGGGUGGACUAUGGUUUCUGGUACGAUCGACUCAAACAGACCACCAAGUUUAUCAAGGGCAUGCAACUGCUUGCCUCCAUGGGUCCACCUGGUGGAGGUCGUAUGGUGAUCUCUAAGAGACUGCAGAGCAGGUUCAACCUUAUCAACAUGACAUUCCCAAGCGACUCCCAAAUCAAGCGUAUCUUCGGCACCAUGAUCAACCAGAAGCUUCAGGACUUUGAGGAGGACGUGAAGCCCAUCGGGGACGUGGUGACCCAGGCAACGUUGGAGGUUUACCAGAGUGUGGUCCAGAAGUUCUUGCCAACCCCUGCCAAGAUCCAUUACCUGUUUAACCUGAGGGAUAUCUCCAAGGUGUUCCAAGGCAUGCUCAGGUCACACAAGGAUUUCCAUGACACCAAGGCGUCCAUCACAAGGCUCUGGAUUCAUGAGUGCUUCAGGGUAUACUCCGAUCGUCUUGUGAACGACCAGGACGUUGAUGGGUUUGUUAACAUCAUCAGUGAGAAACUAGGAACUCUCUUUGAUCAGACCUUCCAUAACAUCUGCCCCAACAAGCAGCCACCAAUCUUUGGUGACUACAUGUCCCAGUCAGAGGUACCCAUCUAUGAAGAUCUUCAGGAAUUCUCAUCUCUGAAGAAGUUCAUGGAGGAUGCCUUGGAAGACUACAAUGCCACACCUGGUGUUAUCUCAAUGGACCUGGUCCUCUUCAGGGAUGCUAUCGAGCACAUUUCAAGAAUCAUUCGCGUGAUUGGUCAGCCCAGAGGUAACAUGCUAUUGGUCGGUAUUGGUGGGAGUGGUCGCCAGUCUCUCACUCGAUUGGCUGCUGCCAUUUGCGAGUACACAACCUUCCAGAUUGAAGUUACCAGACAUUAUCGCAUCAUUGAGUUCAGGGAUGAUCUGAAACGUCUGUACAAGACGGCUGGUGUGGAGAACAAGCCCACCAUCUUCCUCUUCAACGACACCCAGGUCGUUGACGAGACGUUCCUUGAAGACAUCAACAACAUUCUGUCCAGCGGAGAGGUUCCCAACCUCUACAAGUCUGAUGAGUUUGAGGAGGUCCGUACCGAGCUGGCAGAGUCGGCCAAGAAGGAUGGUAUACAGGAUACGCCAGAGAGCAUGUUUGCUUACUUCAUUGAGAGAGUGAGGACCAAUCUACAUGUGGUGCUUUGCAUGAGUCCUGUGGGGGACCCGUUCAGGAACCGUAUCCGUAUGUAUCCAGCCUUUGUAAACUGUACCACCAUCGAUUGGUUCUGUGAAUGGCCGAAGGAAGCCUUGACGGAGGUUGCUGAGAAGUAUCUAGAGUCUGUCAAUGUCGGAGAGAAUGAACAGUUGAAGCCCAACAUUGCCCAGAUAUUCUGUACCAUGCAUCAGUCUGUAGUGCAGAGUUCUAAUCAGAUGCUGUUUGAGCUCAAACGUCAUAACUACGUCACACCAACCAACUAUCUAGAGCUUGUUACGGGAUACAAAACGUUGCUGUAUGAGAAGCGGAAGGAACUUGGUGACGCUGCAAACAAGCUCAAGAACGGUCUGUCCAAGAUUGACGACACCAGGGCCAAGGUUGAGGUGAUGUCGGUAGAGCUGGAGGAAGCGAAGGUCAAGGUGGCUCAGUUCCAGAAGCAGUGUGAAGAAUACCUGGUGGUCAUCGUCCAGCAAAAGAGAGAGGCUGAUGAACAACAGAAGUCUGUGCAAGCCCGCAGUGAGAAGAUUGGUGAGGAGGAGGUGAGAUGUAAACAGAUGGCAGAAGCCGCACAGCAGGAUCUGGCUGAAGCUCUUCCUGCUCUUGCAGAAGCCGUCAAGGCCCUGGAAGCCCUUAACAAGAAAGACAUCGGUGAGAUCAAGUCUUACGGUCGACCUCCCGUCCUGGUGGAGAAGUGCAUGGAAGCAGUUAUGAUCCUGAAGGGACAUGAACCAACAUGGGCCGAGGCAAAGAGACAGCUAGGUAACCAGAACUUCAUCAAGGACUUGAUUGAGUUUGACAAGGACAACAUGUCUGACAGGGUUCUGAAGCGCAUUGGGCAGUACUGCUCCCAACCAGACUUCCAUCCUGAGAUCAUCGGCCGCGUGUCCCUUGCUGCCAAGUCUCUCUGCAUGUGGGUGAGAGCAAUGGAGGUCUAUGGCACCAUCUUUAGGGUGGUAGAGCCCAAGAAACAGAGAUUAAACAACGCUAUGUCAACCCUUGCAGAGAAGCAGGCCAUCCUGGCUGAAGCAAAGGCCAAGCUGCAAGAAGUUACUGAUCGCAUGGAGAAUCUGAAGAAGCAGUACGAUGAGAAGCUAGCCGAGAAAGAAGAUCUGAGGAUCAAAGCUGAGCAGAUGGAGAUCAAGCUUGACCGUGCAGGAAAGCUUGUGUCUGGAUUGGCUGGAGAGAGGGAUAGAUGGGAGCUCAAUGUUCAUGAUUUGGAAGAGAACAUGGUUUACCUGGUUGGUGAUUGUCUGGUGGCUGCAGCCUUCAUGUCCUAUAUGGGACCUUUCUUAUCAAACUACAGAGAUUAUCUUGUCAAAGAAGUCUGGCUCAAAGAUGUGAGCAAACUUGGUAUUCCUCGAAGCCCAGACUUCAGCUUCUCCACCUUCAUGUCAAAGCCUACUGUUGUGAGAGACUGGAACAUGCAAGGUCUACCCUCAGACGCCUUCUCAACGGAGAAUGGUGUUAUUGUAACCAGGGGCAACAGGUGGCCAUUGAUGGUUGAUCCCCAGUGCCAGGCCAUCAAGUGGAUCCGUAACAUGGAGACCAAGCGCGGCUUGAAGAUCAUUGACCUUCAGCAGAGUGACUUCCUGCGUACCCUGGAGAAUGCCAUCCAGUACGGGUUCCCCGUGCUCCUGCAGAAUGUCCAGGAGGAGUUGGACCCUGCCCUGGCUCCGAUCCUCAACAAGUCUAUCAUCAAACAAGGUGGUAGGUUGAUGAUCCGUCUUGGUGACAAGGAGCUGGACUACAACCCAGACUUCAAAUUCUACAUCACCACCAAGCUGAGCAACCCUCACUACACCCCAGAGAUCUCCACCAAGACCACCAUCGUUAACUUUGCCGUCAAGGAGCAGGGUCUGGAAGCCCAGCUCCUGGGUAUCGUGGUUCGGAAGGAGCGGCCGGAGCUGGAGGAGCAGAAAGACAACCUGGUGAUGAACAUUGCUGCGGGGAAGAAGAAACUGGUGGAAUUGGAGGAUGAGAUUCUUAGGUUAUUGAACAAUGCUCAAGGAUCUCUUCUGGAUGACGAACAGCUGGUGAAUACCUUGCAGUCAUCAAAGAAGACUUCAGAAGAGGUCGGAGAACAGCUUCAAGUAUCUGAACAGACAGAGGCCAAGAUUGAUGCUGCUCGUGAGGGAUAUCGUCCAUGUGCCCAGCGAGCAUCCAUCUUGUUCUUCGUCCUCAACGACAUGGGACGCAUCGACCCAAUGUACCAGUUUUCGUUGGAUGCCUACAUCGAUCUCUUCAACGUAUCCAUAGAUAAGAGUCAAAGGAGCCCGCAGUUGGAGCAGCGAAUUCUCAAUCUGAAUGAAUACCACACCUAUGCUGUGUACAGGUACACCUGUCGUGGUCUGUUUGAGAAGCACAAGCUUCUCUUCUCCUUCCAGAUGUGUGCUAAGAUCCUGGAGGCGGCUGGAAAGCUCAACAUGGAUGAAUACAACUUCUUCCUCAGAGGUGGUGUGGUUCUUGAUAGAGAGGAACAGAUGGAUAACCCUUGUAGUAAUUGGCUUGCUGACACCUCUUGGGACAACAUCACUGAACUUGAUAAACUGACUAACUUCCAUGGUAUCGUACAGGCCUUUGAACAGUAUCCCAGGGACUGGCACGUCUGGUAUACCAGUGCAGAACCUGAGCUAGCAGGUCUCCCAGGUGAAUGGGACAAUGCUUGCAACGAGCUCCAGCGAAUGUUGAUUGUUCGUUCACUCCGUCCGGAUCGUGUUUCCUUCUGUUCAACUUCCUUCAUUGUUAACAAUCUGGGUUCCAAAUUUGUUGAGCCACCUGUUUUGGACAUGAAAGCCGUCCUUGAGGAUUCCAACACCAAGACGCCUCUCAUCUUUGUACUCUCCCCUGGAGUGGAUCCUACAAGCAUGCUACUCCAGCUGGCAGAACAGAGCGACAUGAGCCACCGAUUCCAUGCCCUCUCACUGGGUCAAGGUCAGGCUCCAAUCGCUACAAGGAUGAUCAAAGAAGGUGUGAGAGAGGGCAACUGGGUAUUCCUGGCUAACUGUCACUUGUCCCUGAGUUGGAUGCCCCAGCUGGACAAGCUCGUUGAGCAGCUACAGGUGGAAGAACCCCAUCAAGACUUCAGGCUCUGGCUGAGCAGUAGCCCCAACCCAGAGUUCCCUAUCUCCAUCCUACAGGCUGGUAUUAAGAUGACCACAGAACCACCGAAGGGUUUGAAAGCCAACAUGAAGCGUCUGUACCACCUGGUUACCGAGCAGCAGUUCAGUCGAUGUACCAAGCAAGACAAGUACAAGAAACUUCUCUUUGCUCUCUGCUUCUUCCACUCUGUACUUCUGGAGAGAAAGAAGUUCCGUAUGCUUGGUUGGAACAUCAUGUACGGCUUCAAUGACUCUGAUUUUGAGGUUUCUGAAAACUUGUUGAGUAUCUACCUUGAUGAAUACGAUGAAACGCCCUGGGACGCCCUCAAGUACCUCAUCGCUGGGGUCAACUACGGAGGUCACGUGACAGACGACUGGGAUCGCAGGCUUCUUAUGACUUACAUCAACGAGUACUUCUGUGAAAAUGCCUUGACAGUGGCAUUCUUUAAGCUUUCCUCCCUUCAGACCUACUACAUCCCCAAAGAUGGCCCACUUCAGACCUACAAAGAGUACAUCAGUAUGUUACCCGGUGUAGACCACCCUGAAACCUUUGGACAGCAUCCUAACGCAGACAUCGCUUCACAGAUCACGGAGACCCAGACCUUGUUCGACACCCUGCUCUCGCUGCAGCCUCAGGUGUCUGUCAAGGUUGGGGAGAGUAAAGAAUCAAAGGUACUGAAGCUGGCUGCUGAUGUCUUAGAGAAGAUCCCACCUGAUAUUGAUUACGAAGGCACUCAGAAGAUCCUCAAGGAUGAUCCAUCACCUCUCAAUGUUGUACUUCUGCAGGAGAUCCAACGCUACAACGCCCUGCUGCAGGCCAUCAGAUCAUCAUUGAUAGACCUAGAGAAGGGUAUCAAGGGAUUGGUAGUGAUGUCUAGCGACUUGGAAGAGAUCUUCAACUGCAUCUAUGAUGCCAGAGUACCCCCUCUGUGGGAGAAGGCAUACCCAUCCAACAAGCAGCUUGGGGCUUGGACUCGUGACCUGCUGAUGCGUGUUGAUCAGUUUGAGAAGUGGGCCACUACUGCUCAUCCACCGGUCAUCUUCUGGAUGUCUGGCUUCACCUUCCCCACCGGGUUCUUGACCGCUGUCCUGCAGACCUCGGCCAGACAAAACAACAUCUCUGUUGAUUCCCUAUCCUGGGAGUUUGUGGUGUCCACAGUGGAUGAUAACAACAUCGUUGACCCUCCCAAGGAUGGUGUGUGGAUCAAGGGCUUGUUCCUGGAGGGAGCCGGCUGGGACAAGAAGAAUGCCUGCCUUGUAGAAGCCAACCCCAUGCAGCUGGUCUGCCCGAUACCAACCAUACACUUCAAACCGGUGGAGAACAAGAAGAAGAGCGGCAAAGGUAACUAUGGCUGUCCAUGCUACUACUAUCAAAACCGUACCGGAUCCACUGGGCGAGCGUCCUUCGUGGUAGCUGUGGACCUGAAAUCGGGGGCUUUCCAAUCUGAUCACUGGACCAAGAGAGGUACUGCUCUUCUCAUGAGUUUGGACUACUAGUUUACCAGCUGGACUAGGUCAUGGUAUUGUAACUGUAACCUUAUAAUAAGUGUUAAGGCUACUAGUUGAAUACCUGGAUGAAGUAAUGAUAUCAUAAUUGUAAACUAAUGAUACGUGUUUUCAAUACCUAUUUUCAAACCUGGAUAGGGUCUUGUUUUCCUGACUUACGCUGGUGAUAAGUUUUUGGUCUGUAAGAUUACUAUUGCCAUAACAUGACCUUAUAAAGAUAAGGUCAUGUUAUGGCAAUAGUAAGGUGAUGUAAUAAGUUGAUGAGAUUUGUUAGGACUUCUUGUUUAAGAUCUAGAUGUUGAUUAGAUGAAUUAAGUAUUGAUGAGAUUAAGAGAUAUGGAUAAGGUCAUCCAAUUAUGUGAUGAGAGAGUGCUACGAUAAAUUUCAGCUAAAAUUAAGACUUGUCUUUCUAAUGAUAUUCCAUGUGUGGCUUGAUGGCAUUCAGGAUAAGUGGAAACCUCAGAAGGAGUUGGUGUAACUCAAAGAGUUAAUACUACCAAUAUUUAUUUGUUUUUAAUGGAUAGAGCUUGAUGACCAUGAAUGUACAAGAAAAGUACAUACAGUUGAGGCCAGAAGUUUACAUACACCCAGGAAAUUUAAAGAAAAGUUGACAUUUACCAAACAUAAUAAAAUUUACUGUAUCUUAUGAAAUAUUUGUGCUAUCAUGACGAAUUUUAUAUCAAACAAAUGAGUAUGUCAUGCCCCUUCAUCAUAUUGCUUUGUCAUCAGGAGCUGAAAAAGGGUUAGGUGUCAUUUUUUCCAAAUAUGUUAGACAAAUUAAAAAUAAAAACUUGACAAAAACAUUCCAUAUUUGUGCUAGUUACUUCUCAACACAAACAUUUCAGAUUACUCUUUUUUGUUCAGUGGUUACAUAUCAUGAUAGAAAAUGUAAUAUAAAUUACAGAUUUGACAUUUAUAUAUUUCUAUGAAACGAUGUUUGAAAAUAUAGCAAAUAUAGCAAACAAUAAAAUACAUUUGGCACAAAUAUUACUUUUUUUCUUCAAAGAAAAUUCCUCCUGAAAUAUACUUUAAUCCCAACGGCAUCCCAAUUUUGUAAAAGAGCUUGAUACGCUCUUUCAUUUGAUACCAAAUUUGUCAUGGUAGUAUUUAUGUUUCUGAAGAUAAAGUAAAUUUUAUGAUGUUUGGGAAGCGAACAAAUUUCACUGAAUUCCGUGGGUGUAUGUAAAACUUUUGGCCUCAACUGUAUGUACUCCAUGAUACAACAGUGUAUGAAGCCAAACCAACAUGUAAUGAGAAAAACAACAUGCAUAUGCAAGAGAAAAUACACUCGGCAAAACAAGUUCUUGGACACUUAGAAAACUUAAAAUAUUUCAUAUAGAUAUUUGAUUAAAGGGGAAUCCAACCCAAAUAAAAACUUGUUUUUAUAAGAAAAAGAAAAAUCAGACAAGUUGAUAGGUGAAAGUUUGAACAAUAUUGGACAAACAACAAGAAAGUUAUGAUUUUUUUAAGGUUGUAAAUAUUGGUAAUCACUAUACUCAUGGAGACUUCAAAUUGGCCGCAUAUGGGAUGUCAUAGUGAUGUAAGGCAAGGACUACUCUUCCAUGUACUCCAAUACAUAUUAUGGCUAAAAUGUCAUUUUUCCCAAAAGUUUAUUUCAAAUUAUAUUUUUUUCAUGAGGACAUAUUAACAAUAGACUACCUGGGUUAUAUUUAGAUUGUAAUUACCACCCCAGAGGAAUGGGUACUUAGGAGAAAACCACAAAUCCCUGAUAAUAAAGUACAUGGCCUAUGAGAAAGUUGUCCUUGCCCCUUGUCAUAAUUUACUUACCCAGUUGCCAAUUUGAAAUCUACAUACUAUUAGUGAUCUCAAUUUUAAAGCAGCUAUAACUUUCUUAUUGCUUGUCCGAUUUCUUUCAAACUUUCACUAUUCUGUUUGGUUUAUUUUUCUCCUUCCCAACACAACAUUUUAUUGCCAAAGCUGGAUUCCCCUUUAAAGGCAAAUUAUUGUAUGUCAACAUGACCAGACAAUAUUCCUCUUCCAGUAUGACAUGACAUUUUCAGAGCUGCCAAGUAGUACGAUUUUUCCGUAUUUAGUACGUUUUUGCAACCAAAAUACGGCAGUAUGUUUUUUCUUUAAAAAAUAUGUUUUUUGUAUUAAAAAAAAAAUAUAUAUUUUUUUUUUUUUUUUUUUUUUUUACAAAAUCGAAAUUUAUUGAGAAAAAUCAUCUCUAUAUGUCUCUAUUUCAUAAAACGUACACAAAUAUGGUUAUUAGAUCAAUGUAAUUUCAGGUAACUUUUUCAAUGUUUUUUUUUUUCAUCUGCAAGAGCAGUGCACAUUUUAGCUUGCAUGCAGCUUGAGCGCCGUGAUGGGCGAGUGCGCCAAGCAUUUUAUUAUGAAAUACACUGUUUUUGGGGAAAAAUACAAAAUAUUUAUCUCACACGGUAAAAAUACUGAUUUUUUGUCAAAAUACUGAUUUUGGGGGAUAAGAAUACUGAAAAUGCAAAAUACAACUUGGCAGCUCUGCAUUUUCAUGUUAACAGUCAUGCAUGGGCGGUUAAAUGCUUUAAACAAUAGAACUUUUUUUGCCGAGUGUAUUAUGGAACUAUGUGUGCACUUGACCUUUUGGAGCACUAUUAAGUGUUUCCAGUGACCUUAAUAGAGCUAAUUGUUACUCUAUCCAUGGUUAAAACAGGCCGGGUUUAGAUAUACAAUUCAGACUGGAAAUUAAAACUUCGCUCGCUGUUGUGGUAUUCAAUGUCAUCGGAUGAGAAAUCUCUUCUCCCGCGUAUGCUGACAUGACAUCAUGUUUGCACUUUUACAAGGUCAAGUUUAAUUUAAUUAGGUAAAUCAUUGUAUAUGUGUGGGACAACGGAUGCCUGUAUUGACUUUAGCCUGAUGUUUAUUCACUUAAAAAUUGACACCUGCCUAGCUUCAUUAUCAUGAGGUCAUAUUUGUUAUAAGAUUCUCCUUUAUAUUCUUUGAUUGCAUUGUCAAAUAGUUUCAUAAUGCAGAUGGCAGUAUGCAUGAGGGGGGAUUCUGUAAAGUAUGUACAUCUGCCCCCCCCCCCCAUAGGUAUACAGGACCUACUCUUACCUGUAAUGAUUUGUUUCCACUUUGUGCUUCGUAUUUAAAGGUAAAUUUCUCAUUGUCAUCGCUUGAGUUCUUGAAGUUAGAUAUACUAUGGGAAUGGAUGUACCGCAAACAGGUUUAUUAGUUUAUGGAAUCGCCAAAAUUAAAUAUUGAUAUUUGUUGAGUCUAUGGGUCUUAAACCAAACAAGGGUCAUGUGUGUGUAGGAAUUGAAUUAGCCAGGUUUCAAAAAAAGGCAUUGGGUCAUUUGAUCCAAGACAGAGUAAACAUACACUGGCAAAGAUGAAUAGCUCAAAACGAUGCUUAAUAAGGACAUGCUCGAAAUUUUUAACAUGAUGUCAGCCAUUUUCUCAUUUAGGCAAAUGGUACUAUUCUUACAUUGUAGGUUUGCUGUUAUAUAUGAUAACCAAUCAGAACUUUGAACUUUUUGUGCCUUUUCAUCCUUUUAGCUUCUGUUAUGCUUUAGUUGAACCCACUUUCUAAUAAUCCUUGCAUUUGCUCUUGGUAAAUGCAAGGCAUGAAAACUUUGAGCAUGUGUUUCUUCAGUGCUAUUUUGAUAUCAACAGUCGCUCAAAUAUCAAUGACUUUCAUGAGUUCUUUUUUUUUUAAAUUGAUUAUUAAUGCAACAAAGCAUGUGCAUAGUUACAUUUUUUUUUGCUGUAAGUUAUGUUUCUCUACAGUAUCUGCAAAUAACAAAUGGCAAAUAGUAUUUUAUUUCUCCUAGUAUAUUUUUCAUUUAUUCUGUGCAUUAGAAAUUCACAGAGAAAAUAAACUGGUAAAAAUAAUGACGAUCCGUCCAAAGUGAACGAUAUGCAUUUUCACCAAAGUGGUUCUUAUCUUGAUAAUUCAGAAAAAAUCUAUUGUAUUCAAAUUAUUUGUUAUCUCCAUCCAAAAUUAAUUCAGUUUUUGUACAAUAAUUCAUGUGUUUAUUGUAAAUUUGUGCUAUAUUUAUUUUAUGUGAAUACAGAAUCUUUCUAUGUGUAAAUAGAUUAAUGAAAUUACAUGAAAUGUAUGAUGUAUCUGAAGAUAUUAUACAGAGGUUUUUAAAGAAAGUUGAUUUGAAUUUGUAUUCAAUUUAUUUUGUGAUGACUUGUUUCCAAUAAAUGAUUCACCUUGAUAUUGUAUC